CGAGUUGCAAAAACGUGCCCAAAUACCCUUGUAAGGGUACUCGGGCCGACAGCGUGGAGCACGGCUAUGGCGCCCAGGUCGCCAGCGUGGAGCACGGCAAUGGCGCCGAGGUCGCCAGUGUGGAGCACGGCUAUCGCACCCAGGUCGCCAGCGUGGAGCACGACUGGCGCCGAGGUCGCCAGCGUGGAGCACGGCUAUGGCGCCCAGGUCGCCAGCGUGGAGCACGACUAUGGCGCCCAGAUUGCCAGCGUGGAGCAUGGCUAUGGCACCCAGGUCGCCAGCGUGGAGCACGGCUAUGGCGCCCAGGUCGCCAGCGUGGAGGACGGCUAUGGCAGCGUGGAGCACGGCUAUGGCGCCCAGAUCGCCAGCGUGGAGCACGGCUAUAACGUCCAGGUCGCCAGCAUGGAGCACGGCUAUGGCGCCCAGGGCAACACCAACAGCAUAACCCAAAUGUAGCUCUCUUUUGUGAAUGGCGCCAGGCGCCCUAUCUACUCUAAAGCCUAUCGUACAACUACAACAAUGAAAAGCAACCAGACAA